AUGCCGCGUCAGGUCACGCUCCAUCCAGCAUACGAACCCAUGUGUGGUGCUUUCGACAUAUCGCCUACCGACAAUGACCUUUUAAAUAUACAAGCCUUUCGUGAUAGAAACAACAACAUACUUCCCACCGACUCUUGGCCGGAUGCAUUAGCGGAAGAUCGCGUGCUUGAAAUCGCUGGUAGAAAAAUGGAAGUAACCUUGGUACGCCCUAUCGGUACAGAGAACGAAAGGCUUCCUGUUCUUGUCUAUUUGCAUGGAGGCGGUUGGGUGUUUGGCAAUAAGGUUAGCCAUGGCAAGCUCAUUCGUGAUAUCGCGAACAAGGCCCGUGUUGCCAUUGUAUUCCCUGAUUAUGCAAUGGCACCCGAAGCCAUUUUUCCCACUGCUGCAGAAGAAUGCUAUGCAGUAGUCCGUUGGGUGGUGGAACAUGGAACGGAUGAACUAAAUGUGGAUCCCAGCAAGUUGGCUAUUGGUGGCGAUAGUGCAGGCGGCAAUCUUUCAGCUGCCGUAUCACUCAUUACCAAAGAUCGGCUUGAAGUACCUGCAGACACCAUAAAAACCCAAAUCCUCCUUUACCCAUCCGUAGCACCACCCAUUGAGUCAUCGUUUGAAUCAUAUCGUCUUUUUGGUGCACGUGGUGAAUAUGCCCUCAACUUUUACGACACGAAGCGUUGCAACGAUUUGUAUUCUGGAAUCCAAAACCCGUCUGCUGUGAAUGACAACAAGUAUCGAUUUCCAUUGGUUGCCAGCCAUGAAGAAUUAUGCGGAGUUCCACCUUGCCUGAUGAUUGUUUGUGAAGCCGAUACAUUGCGUGAUGAAGGUGAAGCCUAUGCACGCAAGCUAUUGGAAGCAGGUGUUGCUACUACAUCCAUAAGGGUCAAUGGUACAACACAUGGAUAUAUGCAGCAUCCAACCGAAACAGCACCCUACUUGCAAACUCUAGCAAUGAUUACCUUUCAGCUGAAUGAGGCAUUUGGACGUGAUUAG